CAGGAAGAGCGCACGCGCAGUAGCUGAACUGUCAUGAUGGGGAAGUGACUGUCAGUCGCAGAAGAGCCUGAUGAGACAUUUUCACAACUUUUUGUCUCAUUCCUAAAGUUCUGCGGUGCGAUAUUUGAGCUAGAGCAGACGGCGUGAACAUGUUUUCUCGAAAGAAGAAGGAGCCGACGAAUAAAACACCUUCAGCCUCCAAAAAGAGCAACUCUGCGCAAAACCCUUGGUUGUCCAUCCUUCAGGAAUACACUGCCAAUGACACUAUCGAUGGCCCCUGCACGCUGGCUCCUCCUGAUUCGGGCCCCUUAUCCUGCCCGGGAACACCGUCCUCCCACUCCAAGCUAGCAGUGUGCAGUUCACCUGUCGGCACGCAGAAGCGGCCCUCGGGUCUCAGCCGUCACGCCAGCGCCGCCGGCUUCGCCUUCCAGACGUCAGGGACCUGGGGCUUCCAUAAGGGCUACGUGCGGGCCGCUCUCACCUACGGACAUGCGGCGGAGUCUGCGGAAACAUCGGUCAUCGAGGUGGAGGACAUUCCCUCGCUGCUGCGAGACGUCGCCCGCUUCGCAGAGGCUGUGGAGAAACUAAAGGACAUGGUGCUGGGAGAAGUGAAAGAGGAGCCACGCUGCAGUCAGGCCGUUCACGAGUGUUUAGGGGAGGUUCUGCGUGUUUUGCGGCAGGUAAUCAGCACGUACCCUCUGCUGAACACUGUGGAGACGCUCACCGCAGCAGGGACUCUUAUCUCAAAAGUCAAAGGGUUCAGUUAUGAAGGCACCACUGACGCUCAGAAGAAAGACUUUGAGAAGGCCAUUGAAAACAUUGCUGUGGCGUUCAGCAGCAAUGUUUCAGAGUUGUUGAUGGGAGAGAUUGACAGCACUACUCUUCUGUCCCUGCCGCCGACAGAAAAGAGCAGGUCAAUGGAGGACCUGUACAGGGUGUCAUCAGGUCAGGGUCCCGAAGGAGGAAAAUACGACCACCAGGACUGCACAGUGAGUCCACAGGAAGUUGAUAUUCUCCUGCAGCGCAGUGAAGGCGGCGUGGACUCGGCUCUGAAUUAUGCCAAAUCUAUCGCCAAAUACAUGAAGGACAUCAUCAGCUACGUAGACAAGAGAAUCGCUCUCGAGAAUGAGUUUUCUAAAGGUCUUCAGAGACUCUACCAGUCCUGCAAACAAAACAUCAUUCAGGAACACAUGCCGUUGCUGUCUAUCUUCUCUCUGGCUCUCGAGCAGGACUCAGAGCAGAGCUGCGGUUUACAGCAGGCCACAAACAACAUCUACACACACUCAUUUCUACAGCCCAUGACGCAGCGCAGGCAGGAACAUGAGAAGAAGCGCAGAGACAUUAAAGAGCAGUGGCAGAGGGCCAAGAGAAAACUGGCCGAUGCCGAGAGUAACCUGCGUAAGGCACGUCACCUGUACGUGAGCCGCUGUGAGGAGUACGAGAGAGCUCGGACAGUGGCCAAUAAGGUGGAAGAGGAACACAGCGGAACAGGAAGUGGCUCAACCACUAAAGCUCUGGACAAGAAGAGGCGACUGGAAGAGGAAGCACGCAACAAGGCGGAGGAGGCCGAGGCGACGUAUCGCACCUGCAUCGCAGACGCCACGACACAGCAGCAGGAGCUGGAGGACAUGAAGGUGAACGUACUCAAACAGAUCCAGGAACUCAUCAGACAGACGGACCAGAUCUUGCGAGCGUGCACCAUCUCGUACUAUCAGACGAUGCAUGUGCAGACUGCAGCGCUGCCCGUGCAUUUCCAGACGCUCUGUGAGAGCUGCAAGCUGUACGAUCCGUGUCAGCAGUACGCCGCGCAUGUCAAAAACCUGCAGCUCCGCACUGAGCUGUCUGUACAGUACCAGUUUGAGCCGUACUCCGCGUCCAGCCACCAGCACGUUCGGACCCGUAACAACAGUCUCUGUAAUGACCAGCGGCAGAACAGCUCUGAAGCUUCACCCACUGCAGAGGAGGCGGGAUUCGGGGAAGGGACUGUGGUUAAACAAAGACGAGGUCAAGGUAGAGACCAUCAUCAAGCACAUAAGUCCUGGCCGUCCACCCUGAGUGACACUGACAGUGUUGGUCCGGGAAGUGGACUGGGCUCCCCGACCUCUAGCACAGGUGACAUCUCAAAACCUUCAAGGCCAGUUUCUGCAGCCACCUUGUCAUCCAAUGAAGAUUUAGAGGAGCGAGAUGGUGCCAUGACCCCGUUUGAACAAAGUAUAAAUGGGAUUGAACCAGAAAGCGUGGCGCCCACUGGACCUUUCAGAAACGUGGGAUUGUCCAAAGCUGCCAAAACCCAUCGGCUGCGCAAACUGCGCACGCCAUCAAAGUGCAGGGAAUGUGACAGCUACGUUUAUUUCCAGGGCGCAGAAUGUGAGGAGUGUUUUCUGGCGUGUCAUAAGAAGUGUCUGGAGUCUCUGGCCAUCCAGUGCGGCCAUAAGAAGCUCCAGGGCCGUCUGCAGCUCUUCGGCCGUGAUUUCUCUCAGGUCCUGCAGGGCGACGUGGAGGGCGUUCCCUUCAUCAUCAAGAAGUGCAUCACAGAGACCGAGAGGAGAGCGCUCAAGAUGAAGGGAAUCUAUCGUGUGAAUGGAGUGAAGACGCGUGUGGAGAAGUUGUGCCAGGCGUUUGAGAACGGUAAAGAGCUGGUGGAGCUUUCUCAGGCGUCUCCAUACGACAUCAGCAACGUGCUGAAGCUCUACCUCAGACAGCUCCCAGAGCCCAUCAUGCCCUUCCGUAUGUAUAACGAUCUGAUGGGACUGGCCAAGGAAAGCCUGAACUCGGAGGCCGGCGAGGGCGUGAAGAGCCCAGAGCUGGUGGAUCGUGGGUCAGAAACCGAACCUGAAGUGCUGGUCUUAGUGGAGAAACUCCGAGAGCUGCUCAAGCGUUUGCCGCCUGCUAACAUCGCCACGCUCAAGUACAUCAUUCGGCACCUGCGCAGAGUGUCUGAGUUGGAGCAAGAUAAUAAAAUGAGCGCCAGUAAUUUAGGCAUCGUGUUCGGCCCGACCCUGAUGAGACCCAAACCCACCGGAGCCACGGUGUCCCUGUCGUCUCUGGUGGAUUACCCUCAUCAGGCGCGCAUCGUAGAAGCUCUGAUCGUCUUCCAGCAGAACAUCUUCAUCUCAGUCAGCUCUCCAGGCCAGAGCCAGGACUGUGAGACUGGAACUCACGAAGAGCCAAACAGAGCAGAUCUGGAAUGUGGUCAUUCUGUGGGUUCCUCUGGUUCUCAAGAGCGGUCUCUGGACUCAGACUCUGAUGCGGAGGAUCUGGGCAGAGCAAGCAGACCGCAGCGCCCUCCUCUGGUGAGUCAGGAGAGUGAGACAAGCACAGAAGAAGACCAGACGAGUCCCCGAGUGAGUCUGGACCUGAGCGGACUGGUUCCAGAGACCAUCCCAGAGCAGACGGACGGUACAGACCCGCAGGAAACCAGCGCAGAGCAGGUCUCAGAUUAGUAAGACAGGCCAAAACACACUUCAACCAUUAGCGAUGUAAAACAGGAGAACAAGUGUUAAUUUUAUAUACAUUCAUUCCUAAAAGUCCGAUGAAUAACAUUAAGAAUAAGAAGGUUUUGACUGACAGGCGAACUCAUAUGACCUGUCAGUGACCUCUCAUGCCGUUUUUUUCUAGAACUGAGAUCAGUGUAGUUUCAUAUAUGUGACCCUGGAGCACAAAACCAGUCAUAAGGGUCCAUUUUUGG